GAGUCAGCGAAAUUCGCCCGACGAUGUUUAUCCGCGCUUGCACCCGGCUCACCCCUUUUGGUCGCUCUCUCUCUUCCUUGAACAGCUUGCACACUCGCUCAAUCGUAUCUGCUGUAAGGUCUUUAGCUGCCUAUACCUCUCCUUGGAUUAGCACCACCACCUCACUCAGAGGCACACACGCAUACCCCAGGAGAUUUCAGUCAACUAUGCCAUACACCGCACAAGACGCAGACGGCCUCAAGCCGGUUACGAUCAUGCUACCUAACAUGGCCGUACCUUCCAUAGCGGUCGAGAUCUUGCCGUUCGGUUUGCACCUUACCCAAAUCCUGCUAAACGCAGACGGGAAGAGCAACGACGUCCUCAUUGGACCGUUGGACAACAGGACCCUCAAGGAGACGAGACCAUUCUUGAACUGCGUCGUGGGGAGGUACUGCAACCGUCUUCCGGUAGGACAGUUCCCAGUAGAGAAGGAUGGAGAUAAGGGAGUAGUCAAGACUAUCUCAACGGAAUCUCCUACAGUGUGCCUGCACGGCGGUCCUGUGGGCUUCGACCGUCUCGUAUGGACACGCAUCUCCGCGUCCGAUUCCACGAACUUCUCUCUCCCCGAAAGGAACCGUCUCGCACUACGCGACCCGGACAGCUACGCGAUCUUCUCCCUCACCUCGCCCUCCGGAGACCAGGGCUUCCCAGGCACGCUCUACACUGAGGUGCUCUUUGCCUGCCUCACCUUCCCGCGCCACCCUAUCCGACCGGACGGGGUGAUCGACGUAGGCCAGCUGGCGAUCGUCUACCGCUCCCGGCUCGCCCCCGGGCAGGAGGGAGUAGCCACGCCCAUCAACCUCACCCAGCACUGGGGCUUCAAUCUGAGCGCCUCGGGUGAACCACAGAAGCCGAACGUCAACUCCCACAACCUGAAGAUCGAUUCUCGCGGUACGAUCGAUCUCACUCCCGUCUUCCUUGCUUCGGGGAAUAUUACCCCCACUGCACCUGGCGGGGCGUACGACCAUACUCAAGGGAAGGAGAUCGGUCAGGCCGCGCCGGCAAAAGGAUACGACGAGUUCUACUUGUUUAAGAAUGCGCAAAAUGAGGGACAGCCCAUCCACCUCGCGCUUGACAAGUUGGAGAAGGGAGACUUGCUGGGAGAGAUCUUCUCUGAAAGCAAGCGGGAGAUACCGGUGAAGCUAUACUCGAACGAGUCGGGCAUCGGUGCUGAGUUCCAGACGAACCAGCCUGGUGUGCAGUUGUACACCGGUGAAGGCCUGGAUGGCUCCGGCACGAAGAAGCGCAUUCAUGGCGGCACUGCGGACGGGCCAGGGUACAACAAGCGUUCUGCUGCGUUCCUCGAGUUCCACGAGCCGCAUGCGGCUUGGCUCCAGUCUUGGGGCUCUACGCCCGAGACGUCUACCAUCCUCUCAAGCAAGGAGAUGUACCAUAACUUCACGAAGGUUACCUUUACGUACAAGGAGGAGCGCUAGGUGCUCGCGUGAGGACUGGGGAGUGUAUGAGACCGAGCAAUUGAAACGAAGAAAACCAUGUUGUAGUGCAUACC